GGUCACGUGAUGAGGAUUGGAAACGACGUGUGGGUUGAUUUGAAUGGAACGUGCGAAAGAAAAGCGUCAGUGCGGUAGGGCUUGUGUUGUGUUAGAGACUUAGAGUGAAAAGUGAAGAGUGAGGAGUGUGUGAUUUGGAUCAAAUCAAAGUAAUCAAUCGAUUUCAAUGGCUUCCAAUUCCAACCAGCAACCGCAAGAAGGGAACAAACCCGCCAAGCGAAAACCCGUCUUCACCAAAGUGGAUCAGCUGAAACCUGGUACCAACGGUCACACCUUGGUCGCUAAGGUUUUGUCCUCCGACACCGUCCUACAAAAACCACGACCCUCUUCCGCCCCCAACCUCCGACCCACUCUCAUCGCCGAGUGCCUCAUCGGCGACGACACCUUGAUUUGAUGAAGGCUGGAACUACAGUAAUUCUUCGCAAUGCAAAGAUUGACAUGUUCAAGGGAUCAAUGAGGCUGGCCGUUGACAAGUGGGGGCGCGUUGAGGUAACUGAACCUGCAAAAUUUGUAGUUAAAGAGGAUAACAACCUAUCUCUGGUGGAAUAUGAAUUGGUGAAUGUGGUUGAAGAAUAAUCCCAUAGAAGAGUGCAAAAACAGCUUUAUGAUUUGUUUAUGGUGCAAUGGAUACCCUCAAGGUAAAACUUAACUGGUGAUGGAUGGGUUGGUAUACAUUCUCACUUUAAUUAUCCUGUAUUUCCCCUUAAACAUGCUUUACAUCAUUUUGGGUUAAGUUGAUGUCACUUGAACAACCUUGUGUCAAGCGAUCAAGAUUUGCUAUUAUCUUCAUCGGCAACUGUGUUCAAUGAACUUAAGAAAAGUAUAAUAUUUUGUUAAUAUAGUUCUCCAUAUUUUCUAUGCA